UUGAUAUUUUGAUGUUUAAAACAGUUUGUCAACAUUAAAGGUUGUUAUAAAAUAAAUAGAAGAAAUAAAUAUUUUUUUAUCAUACUUAGUAAUCAUGCAGCCUUUACUUAAUACAAAAGGAGAUAUUCAAAUUGAUCUAAAUCAGGUUAGAAUAGAUAUUUUACAUGGAAUACAAGAAUGUAAUGAUCGUGGAUUAAUGCAAACCGCGAAGUGGCUUUCGGAAUUAAAUUUUGCCCUAAAAGAUCACAAAAUUAGUUCUGAAAUUCCGAAUAAAGCAGAGGACGACAUUGUGACCGAAGAAAAGGAGGCUUACACUCUUGCAAAAAGUUUGUUUGACUGUCAAGAAUUUGAUAGAGCAGCGUAUUUUUUAGAGAACUGCACCAGUCCUAAAUGCGUGUUUUUACUUCGAUAUUCACAAUACAUGUCAAGUGAGAAAAAACGCUUGGAUAAUGCCACUGAUACGGGAAAUGAAAAUUCGGAAUCCACUCAAGUAUUACUAGACUUAUUAUCUUUUUUUAAGGCUAACCGAAAUAGUUUAGAUGGAUAUCUUUUAUAUUUAGAAGGGGUUGUAUUGAAAAAAUUAGAUUUGAGGAGUCAAGCAGUGACAGUGUUGCAAGCCUCAGUGGCGGCAACUCCAACCCUUUGGUCAGCGUGGGUGGAACUGGCUGGGCUAGCUAAUGAGUAUGAAGCUUUGGACUCAUUACAGUUACCGAAACAUUGGAUGAUGUAUUUCUUUGCUGCUCAUGCAUUUGUAGAAUUGAAAUUAUCAGAACAAGCUCUUGAAGCUUACAUGGUGCUUGCUACAGCCGGAUUUGAUAAGAGCACUUACAUAACAGCACAAAUGGCUAUCGCACAUCAUGACAGGAGAGAUGUUGAUUCAUCUUUAGCUCUGUUUAGAGAUUUAUACCAAAGUGAUCCAUUUCGUCUAGACAACUGGGAUGUUUACUCACAUCUUUUAUAUUUAAAGGAGAAACGAAUGGAACUAGCUAACUUAGCGCAGAAAGCUGUGUCGAUAGACAAGUACAGAGUUGAAACAUGCUGCGUUAUAGGUAACUAUUACAGUUUAAGAAGCGAACAUCAAAAGGCGGUGAUAUAUUUUCAAAGAGCGUUGUCGCUGGAUCCACAGUAUCUAUCAGCAUGGAUUCUGAUGGGUCAUGAGUUUAUUGAAUUGCAGAACUCCAAUGCUGCUAUCCAGUGCUACAGACAAGCAAUCGAUGUAAAUAGAAAUGAUUAUAGAGCAUGGAACGGUCUGGGUCAAGCCUAUGAGAUUUUGGGGCUCAAUGGUUACUGUAUAUAUUAUUAUUCGAGAGCUGCACAACUCAAACCUGAUGAUUCAAGGAUGCUAGUCUCACUCGGAGAGGCCUAUGAGAAGAUGGAUAAAAUACCAAAUGCACUAAAAUGUUAUUACAAAGCUCACAGCACUGGCGAUAUCGAAGGGAUGGCUUUAUUCAAAUUGGCUAAGUUAUAUGAGAAAUCGAAUAUGCCGAAUAGUGCAGCCGCUGCGUACACAGCAGCCUGCCAAGAGCCGGCCAACGCCGGCAGCAAGGAGUUGCCGGCAGCACAACGCUAUCUGGCGCAGUACUAUCUACGGUUUUCAUUGCUGGACCACGCUUCACAUUACGCGUACAAGUGUCUAGAACACGAAAGUACCAAAGAAGCUGGUAAGAAUAUACUCAAGACUAUAUCAGAGAAACGUCUCGCAGCGUCAACUUCAGCUCAGCCGCCGUCUUUACCUGAAGACCUACCGGAAGCAAUCAAGAACAUUUCCGCAUCAUUAACCCAAGAUACGCCAAAAACUCCAUUCCCCAGCCCCAACGUCACUCCAGACAAUUUUUCAACGCCGAUGUUCACAAGAAAGAGUAGUAAAUACAAAAUGUGACAAAAUUAAUAUUUAAUGUUGUACAUACUAAUAAAACUUACAGACGCGUCUGUAAAUCAUUAAAAUCAUAUAGAAAUUAAAAUGUUGUUAAACAGUUUAAGUCUAAAACACGUACAUAUUUAGUUAGUGUGAAAUAUAUAUUAUUAAAAAAAAUAUCAUCAAAACUUGUUUCUUGAUCACAGAAAUGAAGUGGAAUUUAUUGAUCUUCAUAGCAAUGCUAUGGGAGUUUGUAAAUAAUUUAGAAUAGCUGUACAGUAACAAAGUGGAUACGAAAUGUCAUGUAGGUUUUGACAGUUAACCUUUUUUUUAUUACAUGGACAAAUGCUCUUCUGUCAAAUGAUAUUAAUUAUUACAGCUUUAGAUAUAUUUUGAUAACAGUCUAAGACCUUGUUCAGUUCACUGUACCUCAAAGUUUCAUAAGUUAAACUAAGUACUCUAAUUACUAAAUCGAAGUGAAAAAUGCGUAACAAGUAACGCCUUUAUAAAUGAUUAGCUUCAAUUUACACAAGCGAAACUAAAAUUCAUCCGAAAUACUAGGGAUCAUAUAUUUCGAAGAAUUGUACUUUAAGUUGUCAACCUCUUAAAAAUACAACCUCAUUAAAUAUAAAACCUCCUUUUUUUUUAGAAACAAAAUAAAUAUUUAUGAGUUAAUCACUAAGACCAACUGAUUUAUCCCUUUAUUUUUUUCGUUUGUUUGGGUUAGGGAUUCAAAGGAAACAUGGAAUAAAAUAAAAAUAUAAUUUUAUUUUUUACACAUUUUAUAGAAAUUAACAGAUCUCAGUGCUCAAAAAUUAAAAAAAUAAUUACAUUAACAUAAAUAAAUAGUCAUGUGCAUUGAUCGAGGUGAAGCAUGUAAAUGAAUUAAAACUACUAGUUAAAUCACAGAUGAAGCGCAAAAUUUAAAGAGCUCAAAACAAAACAUCUAUAUUAUAAUAAAGGCCAAAAUGCAAAAACAAUUUCUAUUCAGAAUUGUAUGUUAGACAUGUAAUGUACAAAUCACUGUAAUAUAAAAUGACCAUAAACAAUUCAACAAAAGUAAAGCAUUAAUAUUUUUAAAGUUAAAAAUAAUACUUAGCCUCUCUUAAUAGUGCUUAGUUGUGCUCUUUUGGACUAAUGUCAUGAUUAGAAAAUAGUUUAUAUCCCUACAUCAAUAUACUUAUCAUAUGUUUGCUUUGUCACACUACUAACAGAGUGUUUCCAGUUUUUCAUUAAUAAAUCCUUCCACAUGAUAGUAUCAACUAUCAACAUAGCUUUAUGAAUUAUGAAUUGGAAUGCACGAAAUGUAGUGUGCCGAUUCAAACUUGCGAUAAGUUACAAUUUUAAAACAUAUCUGACGCAAAACUAUGCGAUGACAUCACCCGGCCAUUGACUCACUCAACGUAAUCCCAGUUACCUUUGUAAGGUGUUAUGUAUUAUGCCAAAUAUAAUGAAAUAAUUACAUAUUGUCAUGCCGAAAAAUUCAAUAGGACUUGGCCGAGGUUACAAUUAAAUACUAUACAAAUUGUUAUUACAAUUAAUAAAGCUAAGACCAGCAUCAUUAACAACAAAUAUUCAUACAUCCACAAUAAUUUCACUAAAUUUACCAUUCAAUUAAAUACUUUCAUUUUACAAUAUUAACAGCGCAUAUAAGAAAAUAGUUUGAGAUUUAUUUUUUUUUAAUUUAAGGCAUAUCGAGGCACUUAAGUUAUCAACCGUUAUGUAAGCACAUAAUAUUAAAAGUAUGGCAUUAUGUAAAUAUCUAUAUAAGAUACUCUGUUAUUUCACUGUAUAAACGAUAUUAAAUUUGUAGCAUUGUUUGUGCUUUAAUUACACUACUAUCUCUUUGUUCCU